UUUCUUUCCCAACCUGGAGACUGCGCAGAAGGCGUCGGGGGAAAAGUGCAUGUGCAAGCAGAACUAAGAAAGUUCGCAGACCCGAGGUGCAGGAUGUCCCGUUAAGGAGAAAAAAAAAUCCUGCUGAGGAGCAGAAGCAACACAAGCUGACGGGCUGAAAGGACUGCGAACGGCACUUACCGCACAAGAUAUACUGUUAACCAGAGAAAAUGGGCUUUCCGACGAUAUUCAGUUGUCGUCGGAGUCUUCUCAAAUUGUUUUUGCUUCAGUUCAUCGUGUUCCAAACAGUAAAUGCUCGUCCUUCUCCUAUUAUCAGGUUUCCUGGAGACGAUACCCCCAGAACAGACAAAGAAGUUGCUUUGCAUUAUCUAAACAAGUUUUAUGGAUGCCCACAAGACAGAUGUAAUCUUAUGGUGCUCAAGGAUACCCUGAAGAAAAUGCAAAAGUUUUUUUCUCUGCAAGAAACUGGAGAGAUUGAUGCCAAAACUGUAGAGAUCAUGAAAAAACCCCGCUGCGGUGUCCCAGAUGUGGCCAAUUAUAACUUCUUCCACAGAAAACCCAAAUGGCAGAACAAGGACGUCACCUACAGAAUCCUGGGUUACACUCCCGAUCUGGAUGAAGAAGUCAUAAAUGAUGCUUUCUUCAGGGCCUUCAAAGUAUGGAGUGAUGUCACGCCACUCACUUUUACUCGCAUCAUGGAUGGAGAAGCUGACAUCAUGAUUAAUUUUGGCCGCAAUGAGCAUGGAGAUGGUUACCCCUUUGAUGGCAAGGAUGGCCUCCUGGCUCAUGCCUUUGCUCCAGGCCCAGGAAUUGGUGGAGACUCUCACUUUGAUGAUGAUGAGCAGUGGACACUUGGAGAGGGGCAAGUGGUGAAGGUGAAAUUUGGCAAUGCUGAUGGCGAGUUUUGUAAAUUCCCUUUCCUGUUCAUGGGCACUGAGUACAACAGCUGCACAGCUCAGGGUCGUGAUGACGGUUUCCUAUGGUGUUCCACCACUUACAACUUUGAUGAAGAUGGCAAAUAUGGCUUCUGCCCUCAUGAAUUACUUUUCACCCUGGGUGGAAAUGCAGAAGGGGCUCCAUGUAAAUUCCCCUUCAACUUUCAGGGGGAAAAGUAUGAUGGAUGCACCACUCAGGGCAGAGAUGAUGGUUACCGCUGGUGUGCCACUACUGAGGAUUAUGACCGCGACAAAACGUAUGGCUUUUGUCCUGAAACUGCAAUGUCAACAGUGGGAGGCAAUGCAGAUGGAAGCCCCUGUGCCUUCCCUUUCACCUUCCUGGGAGACACUUAUGAAUCUUGCACCACCUCUGGACGCAGCGAUGGCAAAAUGUGGUGCGCUACCACCAAGAGUUACGAUGAUGACCGCAAAUGGGGUUUCUGUCCUGAUCAAGGCUACAGCCUUUUCCUGGUAGCAGCCCAUGAAUUUGGUCAUGCUCUUGGUUUGGAGCACUCUCAGGACCCCGGUGCACUGAUGGCCCCUGUUUACACUUUUACUAAAGACUUCAGGCUCUCCAAUGAUGACAUCAAAGGCAUCCAGGAGUUGUAUGGUGUGCCAACAGACAAGCCUUUGCCUCCAACCCAGGGUCCUGUCACUCCAAUGGAUAUCUGUAAUGAGCCAGUGAUCUUUGAUGCUGUAGCACAGAUCAGAGGAGAGACAUUCUUCUUCAAAGACAGGUUCCUGUUCAGGUCAGUCAACUUUAGAAGCAAACCCAAUGGGCCAAUGCUAGUGGCCACCUACUGGCCUGACCUGCCCGCCAAGAUAGAUGCUGCCUAUGAAAAUCCAGAGGAAAAAACAGUCUUCUUUGCAGGCAAUGAAAUUUGGAUUUAUAGAGCUGAUCAGUUGGAGACAGGCUACCCGAAAAGGUUGUCCAGCCUUGGCCUCCCCACUGACCUGCAGCAAAUCGAUGCUGCCUUCAACUUUAGGAAGAACAGGAAGACUUACUUCUUUGCUGGAGACAAAUUCUGGAGAUAUGAUGAGACCAGCAAGACAAUGGACUCUGGCUUCCCAAAACUUAUUGCGGAUUCCUGGAAUGGCAUCCCAGAUGGCAUUGACUCUGCCUUCAGUCUUAAUGGCAUUGACUACAGCUACUUCUUCAAAGGCAACCACUAUUUCAAACUAGAAGACAGCAGCUUGAAGAUCGUGAAGUUGGGUGAAAUCACAAAGGACUGGCUCGGAUGUUGAACAUUUCCAAAAUGUCUCACAACUAACUUGUGUAAUGGUGACCUCUUGAGCCUCAUGAGGACAUUAUUGUAGUAUUGAACACAACUUAAGGUCGCUGCAGUGAAAACUGUUGUAAUUUUUCUAUCAUGGCAACUCUGCACGCUUUCCUGCAGCCUGUAUAACCGGUCUCCAGAUUUGUAGAACGCCACCCCUGAACCUUCUUCGUAGGCUGAACAUAUGCAACUGGAUAUUUGCUACAUUUCUGUGUGACUUUGACAUUUUAUUUGUUAUGCUGUUAUGCAGAUUUAUUACAAUAUGCACCCCAUCUUUUAUUAUUUUAUAGAUUUUUUUUCCCAAGUCAGACAUCAGGUAUGUCCACACUGCUUUAAAUGCAGUGCUAUACUGUGCUGGUCAAUAUUGCCUUUUUAUACAAAUUUGAUUUCUUUAACACCAUAUGAGGAAAUCAUGUUGGCUUAGAAUUAUUUCAGUGUAAUAAGUGCAGUUUAAUAAUUGUAUCUGUUUAAUUACGUUUUUCAUUGUUGUGCGCUACAUUUGAAAGAAUGAAUUUGCACAAUGUGACCGAAAAUGGUGCUUUUAGAGAUCGCUUUUUGCAUAUAGUCCUAUAUACAUUAUAUUCUGUAUAACUAUGUCUGAUUGGACUACUUAGUAUCCUCUGGAUGUAUAAAAGUAGUAUUCCCAGACACAUUAUCCUUCAUUUGAUUAGCACUUUGUUUAGGACUAUACAAGGGAGUGGCACAAUAGGAAGACCAAAUUAUUUCCGUGUCAACUCCAUGUUACAUUUCCCUACACUAAUGGUACAGAAAGAUUAAUGGCACAGGUUGCCUCUAGAGGCUGUAUAGGUUUCAUGCAUAAUGGAACCAUGACAAGAGUACCGCAGUAGUAUUGCUUAAUUAUCUUUUUUUACAUGUUUUUUCCUUGUGAUGGUUUGUUUAUGCUUUUUGCACUGUCAUCAAUAAAGAUGGUCAAUAUAAUAAAUCUA